AUGGACAACGGUGUUUCUGAGUUAGCACCGAAUGCUAGUAUUAACCUCAAGAGAAGGCUAGCACCUCCAUCCCCUCUUCCUCACCAGAUCUCUUGGAUAAACAUGGCAGAAGCUGCAGCUUUUUUGGCCACGAAGGCUGUGGCGCAGCCGGCCAUCACCUACCUUGUCAACAAGGCUCUGAAUCGCAUUUCGGCUGAUGGAGAUCUGCGCAAGAGGCUGCAGCAGAAGAUGCCCACUGUUGAAGCGAUCCUGCAUGCCGUCAAUCAGCAGCACACGCUGAGCAAUCCAGGGUUGUCGGCGGUGGUGCGGCAGCUCAGGGAUGCCAUAGAGGAGGCCGAAGAUGCGCUCGAUUCACUGGAGUUCUUGCAACUCAAGAGCGGCACCGAUGCUCGCAAUAAGGUGGGUGUGUCAUCCGUUGUGAGUAGCAUCAGCAAGAAAUUCAGUGGCUCUGGCUCCAGUAGAGCAACAGAGAGUCUGAAAAAUGCACUCAAGAAGUUAGAUGCAGUCCUUGACAACGCAGGGCAAUCCCUCUCGGUCACACAUGCUACCUCCUGCUCUCAUGGUCAAGAGAACGUCCAAGAUUCUGCCAGCAGAUGGGAGACCACAAGAGAGUUGACAACAACUGUAUUUGGUCGACUCAAGGAAAAGGACGCGAUAAUCGAGUGGCUCGGUGUUCAAGCUCCAAAUAGUAGAGAUCACAAGCUCUCGGUUUGUGCAAUUGUUGGCGCUGGUGGUAUGGGGAAAACAACCCUUGCCCAGUUUGUUUGCCAAGACAAGAAGGUUCGGGAUCAUUUUGGUAACAAGAUCAUAUGGGUGCAUAUAUCAAAGAUCUUCGAUCCUAAAGUGUUGGUGAGGAAGAUCUUGGAAUCAUUCAAUCGGUACAAAGCUAGUGCUGAUGCCUUGGACACCCUGCAGAAUCUUUCCAAACAGUUUAUGACUAAAAGAUUCCUAAUGGUCUUAGAUGAUGCAUGGGAGGAUGCAGAAAAUGAGCGAUGGGAACAAUUUUUAGGUCCAAUUAGAAACAAUGCCCCAGUUGGAGGUAGAAUUCUGCUAACAACACGAAUGAAGUCAGUGGCCAAUGCUGUUAAACGCCAGAUGUCAUUAGAUACAUAUAAAUGUUUGGAGUUGGGUGGUUUAGAUGAAGAAAACACACUGAAGCUUUUCAAUUAUCACGUGUUUGGUGACUUUACUCCGAGCGACAGUGUCGAGCUUCGAUUGAUUGGUGAACAGAUUGCUGAAAAACUAAACGGGUGCCCUUUGGUAGCAAAAGUCUGCUUCCAGUACUGCAGUAUAUUUCCACCUCAUCACAAGUUCAAGAUGGAAGAGGUGGUUGAGAUGUGGGUGAGUUCAGGGCUGAUUUUGCAAAGAGAGGAUGGCAUAAAGAACCAGGAGGAUUUUGGUAGAGAGUACUUCAAUAUUCUAUCACAAAAAUCAUUCUUUUCACUUGUACCCAGAGAACUGACUGUUGAUCCUUCUGAAGACUACUAUGUCCUGCAUGACGGGAUGUAUGAAUUGGCAUGCUCUGUCUCCAUUGGCAAUUGUUCAAGAUUAAAAGCCACUGAUCGCAAUGCUGAUAUACCUCAAACAAUACGACACUUCUAG